AUGGUUAUAUCUGCCAUUCAUCUUCAUGCUGAUCAAUUUUUGUCUUCUCAAAUGAGUCGCUCAAAUCUAUUUUCUUAUUCGGGCCACUUUGGUUGUUUCAGGGAUUCAAUUCUUAAUAACGGAAAAUCCCAGUUACCUCCAUCGAACCUCUAUAAAAAAUUUCAUUUUACCGGGAGAUUGGAUGGAAUCAAGGAGGCGAGAAAUGGAUCAAGCCUAAUCGAUUUUGGUCGGAUCCCUUUGCGAAGAUAUUCAGAGAUAGAAUCAAGCUCGGUAGCAUCGAGAUCCAUAACAGUUUCCAUCACCAAAUCAAAGCCACAACAUUUGGUUGAGAGAUCAUUGCAAAUGCUCGAAAUGUUAUCACCAGAUUACGAGGCAACGACUUUUAGAUACGUUUUCGAUUCCAAAGAAUAUCAAGCCACUGUCCGGAGUGAUGGUCACAAAAGUUUUUUCGGAUGGAGUUGGCUGAGAAGGCACUCAUACGAUCCAAAAUUCAUGGAUACUCAGCAGAUCUGGAACAGAAAAAUCUUGUGGAAUGCUGAGAUCAAGGAUUGUCCACCAGCAGUACAAUACGAAGAUGUCAUGCAAACAAGUGAAGGCUUGGCAGAUUGGUUAAAGAAGAUUAAUGAAUAUGGAUUCUGUUUUGUAAAUGGUGUGCCUCCAUCGGUCAAAGAAACUGAAGAAUUGGCAAGAAGGAUUUGUUUCAUUCGAGAAACUCAUUAUGGCAAGUUUUGGGAUUUUACGGCCAAUCUGGAACACGGAGACACCGCAUAUACGAAUCUCAAACUUAAAGCUCACACAGAUAAUACCUAUUUUACCGAACCAUCAGGUCUCCAGAUGUUUCACUUGAUCGAAUUUGAUGGUAAAGGUGGCGAAUCGUUAUUGGUAGAUGGGUUUUGGGUCGCCCGACAAUUAAAGAUGAAGUCGCCCGUCUCUUAUCAUACCCUUUCCACGGUUCCUAUUCCCGCACAUUCAGCUGGAGAUUCGAAUACACUGGUUCAACCCACUCCUGUUGCCCACCCAAUUCUCAAUCACGAUCCACUUGAUCACUCCCUCUAUCAAAUCCGGUAUAACAAUGAUGAUCGAUCAACCAUGGAUCAUCUGUCAUCUGGUCAAGUACUUGAAUUUUACGAGGCAUUGAAAAAAUGGGAUGAUGAGUUAAGCGAUAAGGAGAAUGAGUAUUGGUUUCAAUUGCGUCCGGGGCGGGUGUUAAUAUUUGAUAAUUGGCGUGUGUUGCAUGGACGAGCGGCAUUUGAAGGGAAUCGGCGGUUGAUUGGCGCGUACUUAAAUUGGGAUGAUUAUAGGAGUAAAUUGAAGGUAUUGCAUUUAGACAGAGAUGAAAUUUUAGAAAGUUUGUAA